CGCCAAUCGAUUUGACGUCAUUUUAUUUCAUUACGUCACUGUAUAGCGUUCCUUUCGUUGUUUAUGCUUGAUAAUACUGAGAAAAUCUGCGGCAAAAAAUGUAUCAACUAUUUCGGAUAUGCUUGAUUAUGAAUUAUGCAAUACUGACAGUAUACUCAGAAAAAAAAAGUUUUAAACCUUUUAACCGUACUGAAGACCCAGAGUGCCUUAUAUAUUACAAUCGGGACGAUGAAAGAGAGGUGUGCAAUGAAACAGAACAUGGUUUCACUGUGGGUUGGGUGCAAGAACCCCCUGAAUGGAUAUAUGCUGGCGAGGCUCCCAGCCUAACAAUUGAACUAAAUGUUACUAGUGACAAUUUCUACAAAUGGAUCUAUAAAAACAACAAAGAGGCGCCCGUGAGAAAUCCAAGGAAAACCUGGGAGGAAGUGAAGCUGGACUGUACUGUGCACAACAGAAGCAGUUAUUGCGAUGAAAAUUCAUAUUAUGAAAGGAAUUAUCGCUGCUGCCUGGAUUACAGCUGUUAUAUAGCUAAAGACACAUGCACCUUAGUUGAUUACAACGAUAGAAAGUGUGAAAUGGAGGGAGGAGAGUAUCAUAGCCGGACACCUGGUCUUAUGAAUGUGAUAAACAAGCGCACAUGCAGACAUAAACCCAUGACAACACCUGGCAAAUUUCUGAUUAGUCCGCUUUUCAUUACAUCUGGUAUACAAAUAUACCUUCACAGACAUAUGCUCAUUAAACCCGGAGUGUGUGGUGAUGGAGAGUGUGACACUAUAUUGUUGGAGACAUGCGAUACCUGCCCCAUGGACUGUGGGAGGUGUCCGAUAAGAGCCUGGCAGAUAGGACUGAUUGUUGGUUUCUCCAUCCUUGGCUUUCUUCUGGUACUGGCUGUUAUUUUGUAUAUUCGUGCACAAGAAAGAAAGCGCCUGUAUGAUGAAAGUUGGCUUAUUCCAUUUGCAGAGAUAAAGGAAGGUAGGAGUCGGCAAGGCAAGUCCGGUAGCAAAAUGUCAAUGGGCAGCAUGUUCAGCACCGCCAGCAUGGGAGGUGCGGCUGCCAAACAGGUUUUUGUGAAGAUCGCCCUGGUGCAAGAUCGAACUGUUGCAGUGCGUGUAGUAAAUAAGAAGGAGUUCUCCCUCACCAUGCCUAUCCGAAAGGAGGUCAGAGCAGCCAGGGCAUGUGAGCAAGCGAAUGUGUGCAAAUUUGUAGGUGCCAGCGUUGUGGCACCAAAUAUCUGGGUCCUCACUGAGUACUGCUCCAAGGGAAACCUCAGUGACGUGCUUCUUAAUGAAGAAAUACCUCUGAACUGGGCCUUCAGGUUUUCGUUUGCGGGGGACAUCGCCAAGGGCAUGGCCUACCUGCACUCAAAGGGAAUCAUGCAUGGUCGUCUUAAAUCCAACAACUGCAUCGUGGACGACAGGUGGACUGUCAAGAUCACAGAUUUUGGUCUCAAGAAGCUUCGCAAAAAUGAUGAAGUCAUUGAUAAGGAAAAUGAGGAAAUCAAGGAAAGGCGUGCAUUAAUCUAUGUGGCACCAGAGCAUAUGGGCAUGAAGGAGUUCGAGCCGACACAGGAGGGGGAUGUCUAUGCCUUUGCUAUCAUUCUAAUUGAGAUUGCCACCCGCCAAGAGCCCUUUGGUGACAUGGAUUUGUUCAGCGAGCGAAAGUCAUGGAAACCUCAGCUUCCGGACCUCUCACCUAAACCAGACGAUAAAGAGGAUGACAUCUGCCCAUGCACAGAAUACCUGCAGUUGAUCAAUCAGUGCUGGGCGGACGACCCAAAAAGCAGAUUGUCCUUUAGCGCCAUUGGAAGGAGGUUGAUUUCCAUCAACCCUGUCAAGCUGAGCCCCAUAGAUCUCAUGAUGCUUAUGAUGGAGAAGUACUCCAAGCACCUGGAGGCCAUAGUGGAAGAGCGGACCAAGGACCUCGUGGCAGAGAAAGCCAAGACAGACCGUCUGCUGUACAGUAUGCUGCCAAUGGCGGUUGCGAAUGAACUGAGACAAGGCAGACCCGUGGAGGCAAGAUAUUACAAUGGGUGCACCAUCUACUUCAGUGACAUUGUGGGAUUCACGACAAUUUCCCAAAGCAGUACAGCCAUCCAGGUGGUUAAUCUCCUCAACAAACUCUACAUCACAUUUGAUGAGAUCAUCGACGAUUACAACGUUUACAAGGUUGAGACCAUUGGAGAUGCCUACAUGGUGGUAUCCGGUAUCCCUGUUGAAACACCAGUCCACGCUCAACAGGUGGCAAACAUGGCCAUUGACAUUGUGGAUGCCUGCACUCGUUUUGUCAUUCCUCACAUGCCUGAGCAGCCACUCAAGAUCAGAGUCGGCCUACACUCAGGUCAAGCUUGUGCUGGGGUUGUUGGCCUCAAGAUGCCACGCUACUGUCUGUUUGGAGACACUGUGAAUACCGCCAGUAGGAUGGAGUCAAAUGGAGAAGCAUACAGGAUCCACAUCAGCAACUUUACCUAUGUAGAAUUGGUCAAUACCAACCAAUAUAUAAUGGAAUUACGUGGCACAAUCCCAAUUAAGGGAAAAGGUGACAUGACAACCUGGUGGUUGAAAGGUUAUGACCCCCAAUACAUGGCUGAGCGUGCCAAACUAAAGGAACAGACGGUGACAAAGGCGAAGAAAGAAAUGAAAGCAAGGUGGACAAAAGCAGAAUAAAGUGAUCAUUAACAUGGAAUAUAAAUUUACUCUUUAAGACUUAGCAAACUCUUAAAAUAACUUACAAAAAGUAGACACCAAAUAUUUAGGCUGUUAUUGUGAGUAUGUUGUGAAAAGGCUAGUCUAUUUGAACUGAACUUACUUGUACUAAUACUAACUGGUACAAAUACUAUGUUUCUUGUUCAGCAUGCUUAUUGUUAUCAAUAUUGUUACAGGUAUGCCUUCAUUUAUUUUUAUUUCGGUCUUGAUUGUACAACACAAAUAUCGUGUCCACAAUUAAAUGGAUCGACAUGUCUCAACUUAAUGAACAUAAUGCAGGUUGCUUUCAGAAUGGAAGUGAGCUUAGGCCGAUCAAGACAUUGCUUUAGAUGUUUAUAAUGUUGUUCUGAUCUUAUAUUUUUUAAACACUGAUUGUGUUUGAGAAAGAAAUUUAGUAAAAGCUCAGUAGGAUUUAUUUUUGUAUUAGGAGUUAAGUCAGGCCUAUUUCUUCGUAUUUUUUAAUACAUAGAUAGAAAUAAAAGUAUUUUUGAUGAAAGGGAGACUCACGGAUUUUAUUGCGCUGCAAGCCUACUAACUCGGUCAGCAAACUUAGUGCACGCAAGACAUACUAAUUUAUUUUAUUUAUAUUUUACUAGAUUUGCAAUAUCAUGUUUGCUUGCCAGCAAUAAGACUGACAUAUAUGUUGCUUAGAAGCAUAAAGAACUAUGCUUAUUACAAUAAUUGUUUAUAGGAGUUGACUAUUGUAACCUCUGAAACCUUUUCUUUCUUUCUAAUCAUAUAUUGGCACCAUGUGUUUGUGACUCAUAAUUAUAUAUAUAUAAAUUCGAAGAAGUCCAAAAUGAUCAUUUAAAAAUGUCUAGAUUACCUUUGCAAUAAUUUUGUAUGCACAAUGAAAUGCAUUUUCUUGUCACGUUAAACAGGUGUACAUGUUGAUAAACUUUUGUUGAUGUUGUUGUUUAAAAAGUUGCAAAUGUUUAUAAAAUAUUGUUGAUGUGUUGAAUAAAUUUUUCUGGGUUCCAAGCAUUAAA